AUGUCUGGUGCGCUUGCGGCCGCAGAGGUGGAAGUGGUCCGGCAGGACCUGGCUCAGACAACGGACUUCCGUAUCUUUCCUCUUCUCGCGGAGACAGUGCUCUGGGCGAUCUUCACCGUUCUCAUUGUUACUUCGACGCACAUCCUUCUAUCUCGAGGUCUUCGGUCGCGCUCGAACCGGAUCAUGCUUGCGUUCACACUUAUUAUGUAUGUUCUGUCGACCCUGGACUGGGCGAUUGACGUCCGGCGCGUAUGGACCGACCUGAAGAUCUCGUUGCCGGCCGAGCUCUCUUCGCCGCCCCGCAACGAGCACGAGCUCGAUCAGCUCAAUGUCGCUCUUAAGAUCGUCGAAUCGAUUGCCAACCAGAUAUGCGUGCUCAUCAGUGACAUUGUCGUCUGCUGGAGGGUGUGCGUCGUCUUUGGGAAUGACAGGCGCGUCAUAGGCGUUGCCAUAGCGUUUCUCAUCGCUCUGGAAACCGGACUUCUCCUGUGUGCUCUCACGCAGGUCGGCGUCGGAUUUCCCGAGGUCUCUUCCACCUUGGCCGUACUCGCUCCUCAUGAGCUUCCGAUCGACAUCGCGACGCUCGUCAUGUCUGCACUCGUCAACGUAUGGGCUACGGCUAUGAUAGCUUAUCGCGCAUGGACGUGCCGUCGGGAGAUCAGGCAACAUCUCAAGGACAGAAGUCGCAGAUCUUUCACAGAGAGUGUCCUAGCACUGUUCCUCGAGUCUGGAAUCGUAUACACUGUCCUAUGGAUCCUGAGAAACAUAAUUGUCCUUCCGGUGGUGGAGGGUUCACCGUACACCAACUACUCGGCGAUGGUUAUGUACCAGAUGACGGGUAUGUAUCCCACCGUAAUCAUCGUCCUCGUCACGUUGCAGCGCUCGCACCUGGAGAACCAGUUCACAUAUCCCGCGCCGCUCGACGAUCCAGAGGCGAGGCUUUCUUUCGCCUCGCGUGCAUUACACGGCACAUCCGGGCGCGUCACUACGAUCCGCGAGAUGGCUUUCGCUCAGAAUCUGUCCGGCGGCUCUUCGGGUUCACUCACAGAGUCUACGGCAAAGACGGAAGGUUCGCGUACCUUGGGGAAAGAGACGGUUCUGGAGGGGUAG